UCGUUCCCUCCCACUCCACUCCCUCUUCGAAACCUUUCUCCAAAAGAGAGAAGAAAAUUUCACAAAUACCAGAGCGGCAAAGUUGCGAGCUUCAUGCAGGACUCCGGCGGCUGGGAGGCGCCGCGGCGGGCGGCAAAGGUCCUCUUCGGGAGGUACGAGCUGGUUGGCCUUCUAGGCUUCGGCGCCUCCGCCCGCGUGUACCUUGCCCGCGACCUCCGCUCCGGCCAAAGCGUCGCCCUCAAGGCCAUUCCGAAGGGCCGCGUCGCCAAGGGCGGCCGCGCGCCCAACGUCGUCCGCGAGAUCUCCAUCAUGCGCCACCUCCGCCACCCCCACGUCCUCCGCCUCCUCGCGGUCCUCGCCUCCCGCUCCAAGAUCUACAUCGUCCUCGAGCUCGCCCGUGGUGGCGAGCUCCUCGCGCGCGUUGCCCGCGGCCGCCUCCCCGAGGACCUCUCCCGCCGCUACUUCCGUCAAUUGAUCUCCGCCAUCGGAUACUGCCACUCUCGUGGCGUCUUCCACCGGGACCUCAAGCCGGAGAACCUCCUCCUCGACGACGCCGGCGACCUCAAAGUCUCCGACUUCGGCCUCUCCGCGCUCCCCGACCAGAUCCGCGGCGACGGGCUCCUCCACACCGUCUGCGGGACUCCGGCGUACGUCGCGCCGGAGAUCCUCUCCAAGAAGGGCUACGACGGCGCCAAGAUCGACGUCUGGUCCUGCGGCGUGAUCCUCUACGUCCUCAACGCUGGGUAUCUGCCGUUCAACGACCCCAACUUGAUGGCGAUGUACCGCAAGAUCUACCGGGGGGAGUACCGGUGCCCCGAAUGGACCUCACCGGAGCUCCGGCAACUCAUUGGCCGGAUCCUGGACCCGAAUCCCGAAACGAGGAUCACCGUCGACAGUAUCCUCCACGACCCCUGGUUCAAGAAGGGGCUCAGCGAGGAGGAGCGGGCGGCGGCGGCGAAGUUCCACGCGGCGGAGACGGCGGAGGCGGAGGACGGAAAGUUCUGGAUGUCGGAGGAGCCGGACCGGGCCCUCGACGCCUUCGAUCUGAUAUCCUUCUCCUCCGGGCUCGACCUAUCCGGUCUGUUCGGACCGGCGUCGGACCGUCAGCGGUUCGUCUCCGCCGAGCCGGCCGAGGUGAUCCUCGGCAGAGCCGAAGAUAUUGGAGCAAAAGAGGGGCUGGUGGUUCGGAGGAAAGGGGAGAAGGGGCUCGGAGCGGUAGAGGUGGAGGGGCAAAUUGGUAAUUUGGUAGCGAGGAUGGUGGUCCGCCGGCUGGCCGAGGGGUUGGUGGUGGUGGAGGUGGAGGGUGGUGGCGACGCCGAGAGGGGUUUCCUUCAAGGGAAACUUUUGCCGGCGCUGAAGGGCCCGGUGAAGGCAACCGCGAAUUCCGGUUCAGCAGCCGGUCGGCCGUACCCGGUUUUAUGAGGGUCUAGUUAUUUUAAAUUCAUUUGACUUGGCUUGCCCGGAAUAUUAGUUCGGGAGAGACCAUCAACGGUCAAAUGCGGUUUCGCUUCAUGUAAGGGGUGUGCGCUUGUAAAUAGCUAUAUGAGAUAGAAAAAAAAAAUCUAAGCUGUUUCGGGUGAUCAUCUUACAUUUGAUUACCUACAAUAAUUGGAGAUUGGUUAAUUAAUUAUUUUUUCAAAAAUAUUUAUGAAAAGGGAAUUCCCUUUUAAUUC